ACUCCUGCUGGAGUCUUAGGAACUUCAGCACAUUGCCAGGAACCUCAGUAUUCAUCAUCUGAUAUCAUCCUCUUUAAACACAGCAAAGAUUUUAUUUAUAGAAAUUAUAAAUAACAUCAUUUUAAUCUAAUUCUUUUAGUUUCACAUCUGUGUAAAAAGCAUCCAGUCUUUGGAUGCACCAUGUUACCCUGGACGAAUUUGUUUAUUUGUGCAUUUGGAUGUGUGUUUUUAAUAUUCAUCUGUAUUUCGGAGACAAAAAAGCCACCCGUUGGACUGAUAUCGCCUGGAAACUCACAAACUGAGAGCAACCCCGGCUUUAAUUCCACUGGUCUUAAACACAAGAGAGGACAGAAACACAUCCAGUACAGCACGAACAGAACAAGAAUACAGAUUGAUUUAAGUGGACCAAACGUGUGCGGAACGAGAUGCUGUCCUGGCUGGAUCGUUCAUCCCAAGACUAAAAAAUGCACAAAAUCAAAGUGUUCUCCUCGUUGUUAUAACAGACCCAUGUGCAGAAAGCGAAGUGUGUGUCAGUGUGGUUUACAUUCUCAGCACUGUAAACAGAACCAAACCAUCUCCUCAUCUGAAAUCACACCCACACCUGUAACCGUGCCAGAAGCCAUGCCGACAUACAGAACCACACCCUCACCUGUGACACCCACACCGGCCAGGACAGACUCAAACUCCAUGGAGAAAUAUUCUGUACGCUGGAAGCCUCUAAGUCUGAAAGAGGCCCAGGCGAUGCUGAUGAGAAAAGCUCUAGUCAGAGCAGUAGGAGGGAAUAAAAUUGUUAACAUCCUGCUAAAACACAUUGAGGCUGAGAGGAACAGAUUACAAUCCUGCAACUGCACUGACGAAAAGACCAGCACUAAGACCUUGUACACCCAACAGGGCCAGUAUACACUUAUAUACACUCCAGGUCAGUGUGUAUUCCUCAACACACACCAUCAACACCACAAAUCAUCAACAAACACCAAACAUCACACACCAUCACAAAGCUCCAUCAAACAUAGUCACUUAAACAUACUAACAACAUUAAUCUGAGAACACAAACAGAUGUUUCCAAAAAAACAUUCUCAAAGCACUAGCACAUAGUCAUCUGUAGUAUACACUGUAUUCACCAACACUGGCACAUACCAACAUUCUCCACGAACAACAUACUG